CAACAAAACAGCGGCCUGUCUUUACAAAGGCUGCAUUUGAACCUGAUGGUUUCAAAAUGACAUACACAGUAAUCAGAUUUAUUAAAACAGGGCACAUCUAUUAAAUCUGCAUGUCUGUUCCUGCCGCUUUGGCUUUGGUAGAACUAACAACUACAUGCCAUUUUGGGAGCAUUUGCUUAGCUGCUGGGGAAGUGGAUAGGAAGUGAGCAAAACAUGAUGUCACCAGUUCGACAGGAUAAAAGAAACAAUGGCCACAGGAGCAUCGCUCUCUUCAGAAUGAAUUCAGAAGCAAUGUGAAAAUAUUUUUAUAGCACAGCUAGCAAAACGAACAGAUGAAGGAUGUCUCUACACCUGACUCAUAUGAUUUCCUCCUCAUAUAAGCCCUCCUGGUAUGGAAUUAUAUGGCUGUUAGUUUCCUGGCAUGGUAUGGCUGCAGUGAAUCUGGUGGGAAUUUAUGGAAAAAAUAUUGAUUUUCCCUGCCACUCCUUCAAGUCCUCUAUAGAAAAGAUCAACCGUGUUUACUUUCAAAAACUCAUUGGUGAGACUCCAAAGUUUUUGAACGGAUACAUAAAAAAGGAAAAUAACACAGUAGAUGUGCAACGUUUCAUCUUCGAGAAAUACAAGAACCGUACUUACAUGGAUAUUCAGAACAAUGUCAUAACUCUUAAGAACGUCACAAUUGAAGACACUGGAGAUUACGAAUGUAUUUUAAUAAAUUCCUCAAAUGAAGACAAAAUACAAUUUCAUCUGUCCAUUAUUGCUAAUCUCACUCGACCAGAGAUCUCAGUGAACAAAGAUAAUCCAUUCUCAUGCAAUGCAACAUAUACCUGCUCUGCCAGUGGCAUAUACCCUAAGCCAGAAAUAAGGUGGCACUUCACCCCAAACAUCUCCUCUACUGAAUGGAUGGUUAUUGAUAACAACUCUUCCAUUGACCCUCAAAGUGGUCUUUAUAAUGUAUCCAGCAUGAUCGCAAUACUGAGCAAAAGAGAUAUAAAUAUCAGCUGCUCCAUUCAUGAUGACGUCUCCCUUGAAACUGAAGUCUGCCAGAAGCAUUCACCAGAGAGAGCAGAUAUCAUGUGGAUAAUCGCCUCAGCUAUAAUCGUAGCUCUUGUGAUUCUUAUCUUAUUCAUUUUAUUUGUGAAGAAGAAGAACAUGUUGGCUUCAGCUUCAACCUCUUAUCAGACUGAUACUACUCAGGAAAUGAUUACAAGGCAAGAUGCUAGCAUCGACAUUGAAAACCCUGAACACCAGCACUCCUCCCUUGGAAUGAUGUCUGCCCAUCAGAAAACUUCAAAAUCCAGUUACUGCACUGAUUUUCAGCAUCAAAACGAAGAAGGAAAGAUGUUUUUGACCACAAGUGUAAUGUGAAUUUUCCUCUAAAACAUUCUGAUUUUUUACUGUUUAAGACAGUUAAAAAUUAAUAACACUUCUCAUGGAAAUUGUGUCAGAGACAUUUCAGUGUGAUAAUAACUAUUUAACAAAACAAGCAUGUCAAAAAUAUGUUCUCAGAAAAUGUCAGGCUCUUCAUUAUUAGUAUUAUUGUUUUUAUUUCAAUGGUACUUAAAUUCUUUUCUUGAAAGAAAACAUUUUAAGCAAUUAUUUUGCUCACUGUUGCAAAACAUUAAUUGUCAUUCAUGGUAUGUUUGUUACAUACUGUAUAAGCCAAGCGGAAAGUUGCAAUGUGUAACAAACUGGAGACAAGUUCACUCAUAUGCCUGAGCGGGCAGCGUUCUGAUUGUUGGACUAGGCCCACACAUCCAUUUUCACAUCCCCAACUGCAUAAAAUUUAAGACAGUGUAUCAACAUAAUUAGAAAUAAGUUUAGAACACAAAAAUAAAGUGCUAGCUAACUUCAUAAUGUCUAACCCUUUCCAUCAGAAUUGUCAUACCUUCAUUUCUGAGUGUAUUGCUUGUCCGUGGCUGACUGCCAUGUGACUUACCCUUUGUAAAUGUGACCUGUAUUUAGGGAAGAACUUCAGCACAGGUAGUUUCAUUGACUUUUAGCUUAUCUAAUCACUCGUUUCUUGCAUUUUCUACAAUAAAUAGAAAUCUCCUUGCUCAGAACAGUGUUCAAAUUUUGACCAAGAAGAAUCUGCUUUUUGCAGAUUUUUCUGUAACGGUAAAAUGACCUGUGAACUCCCAGGUCAUCUGAGAUUGAAUUGAAUUUACAUUAGUCUGGGAUAUACUUUGCUUUAUUUUUAAACCUUUGGUGUAAAGAAUUCUCACUUUGAUUUUUUCGAUUUGAAAGAAUGAUUCUUUGUUUUUGCUCAGUUUCUGGAUAUCUCCCAGUUCCUAGUUAAAUAAAUCUUUGUGCCUUGUCUCUUUAAAGGCACAACAUCAUUUUGAUCUGAAGGCUUCACCAAAAGUGCUGAUUAUUCUUAUAAGUGCUAGAUUAGAGUUUCUCUAAGGCUUAACCACACUCUAGAUAUAGUUUUUAAAUCACUGUUAGAAUAAUGGCUUCCUUUUAAUUUUGGUUUGCUUACCUUCCAUAUCUGACCUUAUUUAAUACAAUUUGAAAGGUACUUAAAGAACUCAAACAUGAACUGCACUCUUAGUGUGAAAUAUUGAUUGUAAAAUCAAACAAAUGAAAGUAAACAGGCGUUCUAUGAAUUGCUAAUUAUGAUGUUCAACUCCAGGUUAUCUGUCACAUGUACAUUUACAACAUGUCAUAAAACUUUCAACUUAGGGUGGCUUGAGGCUGAAGCCUAUCCUAGUAGCAUUGGUAGUACUAGGGUGUUGUACCGUGUUAGCCAUUAUGAAUGUAGAGAAAAGCCAAGCAAAAUGACACCUUUUAUUGGCUAACUUGCAAGCUUGCAUAUUGUAAUCUUUUUAGUUAGCCAAUAAAAGGUGUCAUUUUGCUUGGCUUUUCUCUAGUAGCAUUGGGUAAAGGACUAGAAACAGCCACGGACAGGCCAUCAUUUCAUCACAGAGCUCAUUCACAUACAUACAAGCACAGUUUGGAAUCCUUUGUGCAUCUCUUUGGAAUGUGUGAACACAAAAUGUAGGUUUUACAACAGUGCCGUUUUAUUUAGUUCAGAUAACUCUAUCCUACAAAGAGCAAACAUUUUCAGAAUUUUAAGUUCUCAUAUUUUCUAAUGUACUGUAUACAUGUGGCUUCCCUGCUAACAAAGAGAUACAAUAUGCAUAAGGAGUCAUGUUGGGGCAGAGGAGAAUGUUAGACCAAUCAGGUGCCCUUCAAAUAGAGAAAUCAACAGUGACGCUAAUAUAUGCUUAUAUAUGCUAAUAUGUUACAGGGAUCCCAUGGAGUGGUAAGUCCAGUACAUGUAAAAAGGUGCCCUGAUGGGUGACGCUCCAGCAGUAUGUGGAGCAAAACAGAAGUCAUGGGGAAUUGGGAGGGAUCCUUCAUUAUUCCCCCAGUACACUAGAUGGGAGCGAGUAAGCCCCACAGGGAAUGAGUGAGGUCCUGAAGUCCAGAGACCAGAAGCUGCUAUGGGUUCCUGACCCUUUAAGUUAAUAUUUGGUAUCACUGGUGCCGUGGUUACUGGGACCACCAGAUGGCACUCUCAUCUCGCAGUCAUGGUUUUUGUAAAGUGGCUCAGAAUUUAACACCAAGAUGUACUUGAAAAGGCUGCUUCUUGCUGUUAUCUUACUGAGUCAGGUUUCAAGUUGAGAACUGAGGUGAGGGCUGAACAAGGAUGUACUUGUCCUUACAUCUCUGGAAUGAUGAUAGAGAGACCAGUCAUCAAACAAAAAAACUGUUAGGUAAGCAUAGGGUCUAUUUUAAGAUGGCAAACUAAACAAGCUGUACUAGAGGUAAAGAAGGGGUAGGAAAUUCCAGUAGAGGGCUCAGUUGGGUAGUAAGAAUUUAUUAUCAUUUUUUUUUUAUUUUGAUGGAAUGUGUUCUCAUUAUAUUAAUAUUUUCCAAUUGCUUUUUAAAACAACAUUCAGUAUACAGCAAUUUUUGUAAUAAGAGGAUUGUUUAGCACAGCAUACUUAAUGGUAGGAGAAGACCAAGAGAUGAUUGAGUCAAAAAGAAGUUAAGAAAAAGACAUGAUUUAAAGCCUAGAUAAAAAUCAGAAUGUUGUGAGGAUGUCUUUAAUUUGACUGUCAAAUCCAAAUAUGCUAAAACAAAGAAACAUAAUAAAAAAAAGCAGAUCAAAAUUUUAAAAAUAAUAUGCACAUUUUAACUCUUAUUAAUCUAAUACAAUCAUUAAGUCUUCCUUAAUUUUAGCAGUUCCCAAGCUCAGAUGUGUGGUACUGUGUGCCGCCAUCUUUUAUAGGGGCAGGACAGUGAGAUCGAAGGUCACUAAGCACGCAACAGACAACAGAACAAACAAAAUGACAAUGUCCAUGAUUUUGUGGUACAAAAUGGUGGUGCCAAAGCUAGAAACCUCACAUACUGGAUAAUGAAGGUGUGCUGAUGUCACUAUCAUAAAGUUCAACAAUAAGAAAAUAUACAGAAACAAAAGUAACAUGUAAAUAUUUAUAUAUAUUCCUUGCAAUACAUUUUUUUGGGUUCCUUGGACGUGUGCUGGUCGAAAAUGUGUAAAACACAAAGCUGUUUGCAUGUAUUGAUGUACAUAGUAAUUUUUGGUUUUUAUUUUGUGCAUUUUAUUGCACAAACUGUUUUUAUUCUUAUUUGUUCUAAGAAUAGACAAUGAAAGGAAGAGUUUCUCAUAUUUCUGAAUGUACAUUGCAUUUUAGCUUGUAAAAACUAACUGUUCUACAAAGAAAUUAGGGUUUUAAAUAAUCUUUACAAAUAUCUGUCUAUUGUUUAGGGUUUAGACCCCCAUAAUUACAUGACACCCCUAGUAAAUUUAGGGCUGCUGUGCAACGCUCCUGCAUGCUGUCCAUGUACUGACUGUGUCACCAUCCCAGUGAUAUACAGAAGUGGCCGCUUUCGUCAUCAGUCUACACCUCAUUGUACGCCUUAUGUUUAUAGAAGGAAACUGGUCUUGAAAUGUGACUAUGGUAUCAUGGACAGUUUGCAUUACAAAAAGAUAUUUGACACCUUUGCGGUUUCUUUGCAAUCAUUUACUUUUAAAGUAGAGGAUAGUUGGUUGUAUGACUGACAUUUUUUAUAAUAAAAUAACAUUUUCAGAUGGCACUUGGUUGCUUUCUUGCAACCUUAUUUUGGUAUAUGUGUUUUCCUAUUGGAAAUGUUGUAAUAAUUGUCGUCUGUUCUUUAAAAAGCAAUUCAUUUGCAGUAUUAUUGUGCAAAUAAAAAUUGUUUUAUACCUUUUCCUUGUAAAUGUAUUGUAAUAAUUUCAUAAAUAUCAUAGAUAUUAAGCUGUCUCUUUGUAUAACAUUACUUACAAUGACUAAUAAACAAUACCUCACAGCCUUCUUGUUA